CCUCGCAGGGGAUGGGAGGAAUGACUUCCCACGGCACUGCGCAAAAUUCCUCACAUACUCAAUGGCAUGUGCGGACUCACAUGCCAUCCUGGACGUAGAAAUUGUGGAUGUGAGGGAGGCAGAUCUGCGAAGCCCUAACAUGGAAAUCAUUGGAAUGAAAAGGGCGUUAGAUUUCCUGAAGGAGAAGCUACGCAUAAGUGAGGUCGUCACGGAUCACCACCCGCAGAUAACGGCUUAUUUGCGACGUAGUGAGCCACAGAUCACGCACCAACUGGAUGUCUGGCAUGCAUCGAAGAACCUGGCCAAAAAGAUAACAGCUGUUGGUAUCAAUUGCACAUAUUCUUUCUACUCAAUCAUCCAGCUAGCUUUGCAGCUAGGUUGGUUAUUGCAUUUCUUCGGGUUAAACUGCAUCUCAUAUUGAAAGUCGAUGUCUGAUUUGGUUCUGAGCUUUGCUGAGAGACAACCGUAAAUAUUCUUUGCCGUUCUGUGCAUGUA